AUCACUUUCAAUAAUUCAGGUUCAGCUCACUAGUACUAUAAUGUGUGUUUGUGUGUGAGAGGGACAUGUCUGUUUAUAUCAAAGCAUUGUAAUGUACUAUCACCUUUUUUUACUGUCAGAGGCAAAAAUAUAGAGCUGGGAUUAUUGCUGCUAUUCAUAUUGGAAGUUUGUACAUGGAUUAUGAGAGAAUCUACAAGAAACCUCUGCAUCACCACCAGCAGCAGCAGCAAGGAAGUGGAGGGGGAUUAUCUCCAGGGAAGUUGAGGAGUAUGUUGAUGGGAGUUGAGAAGAAGAGAAAACAAGGAAGGCCACAAGAAGGAGAAGAAGCAGAAGAGCAUGAUUCUACUUUUUCUUUGAGAUCUCAAGUUCUUGAGAUCCAUGACAAUGGUGAUUGUGGUUCUGAGAAUUUCAAAGAUGUAGAUGUUGUGUGUGUUCUUCCUCAGUGUUCUACUUCUAGUACAGCUGACUCAUUGGCUCUGGAAAUGGAUAGCGACCAUACAUUGAAGGAUCGACCUAUUUAUAGUUCAAGAGUUAAAUCACAAGAUGACAUCUCCUUAGAUUAUGACAGUGGCAUUGACAGUAUAACCACACCAUCAUCGGUGUUUGAGUUUCAAAAAGCAGAGAGAGGGCUGCAAAGAGUGGCUCUUGCGCCUUUCUCCAAACCAGCACCUUCAAAAUGGGAUGACGCCCAGAAAUGGAUAGCAAGCCCAACAUCCAACCGGACUAAGAACGGGCAGCCUCAUGGACAGGGUGGAGUUGGGUUGCGGAAAAAUAAUCAGUUCGGCUAUGGUAGCAGACAAACAUCGAUGAAAGUUGUUGUUGAAGUUCCGGACCUGACAUUAAUUCCUUAUGAAGAAUCAGAUACUAAGGUGAUGGAAAUGAGCCAGGAAAGCAAGGAAACUGGAGGACCGAAGCUUGUCACGUGGGAGAGUGAUACAUAUCAAAGUACUAAUUCGUACAACAACACAAUUGAAAAUUGUGUCAAAGGACCAGCAAUUAGUCUGAGCCAGCACGAUUCAUCUAUGUCCAUCCAUAGUGCAACAGCACUGGUUCCACCUCCUUCAACAGCCAGAUCAGUGUCAAUGAGAGACAUGGGUACAGAAAUGACUCCGAUGGCUAGCCAAGAGCCUUCAAGGACUGGAACUCCAGUAAGGGCAACAACACCUAUUCGUAGUCCAUCCUCUUCACAACCCUCAAGUCCAACAAGAGCUUCGUUAAGUCCAUAUCAUCCUAACAAUAUGUCAGAUACUAAUAAAAGAGAGUUGUCCGAGAAGGAGAUGCAGAUGAAAACAAGGAGGGAGAUUAUGCUUCUUGGAACUCAGCUGGGUAAGAUGAAUAUUGCGGCCUGGGCUAGCAAAGAAGAGGAAGAUAAUAAUGCUUCUACUUCGCUAAAAAAUCUUGGACAUGAACAGCAGGCUAAAAGUUUGAUUGAGACACGUGCAGCUGCUUGGGAGGAGGCGGAGAAAGCCAAGUGUAUGGCCAGGUUCAAACAGGAGGAGAUCAAGAUACAUGCAUGGGAAAACCAUGAAAAAGCAAAGAAUGAAGCUGAGAUGAGAAAAAUUGAGGCAGAGGUGGAGAAAAUGAGUAGUCAAGCACAUGAUAAGCUUAUGAACAAGCUAGCUGCUGCAAGGCUUAAAGCUGAAGAGAAGAGGGCAGCAGCAGAGUCUAAGAGAAACCGCCAAGCUGCAAAAACCGAAAAGCAAGCAGAAUAUAUUCGCAGAACUGGUCGAAUACCUUCCUCAUUUACUUGCUGUGGUUGGUGGCGCUCUUAAUUUUUCAUAUCACCUUGACGCCGACGAGCAACUACUUUAAAUGCAUGUACUUAUUUAUUUUUCAUGUACUCAGUAUCCCAGUGUCCUGAUAUGUGUAGAAACUCAACCCACAACUUAAGAAAUAAAAAUUCUUUGCGCUUC